UGUAAACCAUCUCGUGGUGCAAGUCAUUCAUAACGCCAUUGUUACAGUUUCGUAUUAUCCUGUAGAAUAUCUGCCAUGACGGCUUCUGCAAAGAUUGUCUCUUCGAUGCAAUAGCUUAGAAAGCAGACCAGUUCGACACUUGACCAGUUCAUACCCGUUGAUCCAACUUCAUUUGAAAGUACCGAACUGACUCCAACACAUUACAAAUGACCCAAGAGCGGAAACGAACCUCGGCUCGAGCCACAGAAGGCCACUCACCACCGUUCAUAGACAGCUCCAAAGAUGAAGACCGAUCAUUCUCGGACAUUGAGGAGGGCGAUAUUUCCUCGCAGUCGGACGUUACUGUGACACCUUACAACGUAUCGAGGGUUCGUGCAAUCGACACAGUAAAUGACUCGGGAGUGGGCUCGGAAGUCUCAACACCUAUCUUGGAGCGUCUAACGGCAGGAUUAGGCUGUGGAAGUUAUCUUGAUUGUGACAGCCAACCUCCCGAUUUGGAGAUUGUUGAGCCGCUGCCAGGGCAUAGAAGAGUGCUAACUGUUGUCUUACUCCACGCCAAUGACAGCAGUGGUGCAAAAUUGAAGCAUCAACUACUUGACGCGACGAAAUGCUCAUCCGGAAAGACACUUCAGCAAGAGCUCCCAGGUGUGAGGUGGAUUUUCCCAACUGCACCAUUCAUUUGCCACGUCAAAGCCGAUAAGAGUAUUGAGAAACGUAGGAUGUGGGUGGAUUUUGGUAUUUAUGACGAAGAAGGUGAAAGUAGCGUCAAAAUGUACGAAAGCCUGAGGUAUACCAUGGAUGCUGUCAGAAAGAUUAUCGAGUCAGAGGGAAGAGCCCUUGGGUUUGAGAAACAGCUAAAGAACAGAGUUUCAUGGGAGCAUGCUGAAAUUGUCUUUGGAGGCCAUUGGGACAGUGCGGCUUCUGCUUUAGCUACUUGGAUGUGCUCAGGGACGAAUUUUGCUGGCUUCAUGGGGCUCAGAGGCGUUCUGCCUGAUCAAGAAGCCAUAACACAGAAGUACAAGGAAGACGUUGCUAGUGGUCGACCUCCUGGGCGAGGCUCGGACUUUGGACAGAACACGAACGAUUUCAUCGCGUCAUGGACAAGCACUCUUACUCGUCAGAACAACCUGUUUGUUCAGAAGAUGGCAUCCACACCAGUGCUACUGACACUACACGAAAGUGAUACUCACUGGCUAUUCGGCAGCGAGAAGUUAGCAAGGGCUAUCUACCAAACCCUCAUUGGCCCUGCUAAAAAUCUAUUUAUAAAGUGCUUCGGAAGCCCUGUCACCUUGCAGUCGAGAACUCAAGGAGUGCUUGUUGAGGAACUUGACGCCAUCCAAACCUACUUGAGAUGUCUUGCCUUUUAUAGAAAGGAUGGAAGUGGUGUGACGUUCCAGGAAUGGAUCAAAGGGCAAGCAAAGCUUUUCCAAUAGCCUUUUGUAUCCCCUCAGCGUGUAUGAUCGAUGCGGCAUGGACCUUUGGAGCCCACAGCAUCAGUUGAGACUCAUCAGCAAUUUAGAACCUGUACGACAACUGCUCCCAUUGGAUGCCCCCUAGGCGUCCCGUAACUUGGCGCGACAGAGUUUAGAGUCUCGUCACAAGCGAGUUCGAAAAUAAACAACUUCAACGAUCACAUUAUGCCUGACUUUGCACUAGUUCAUUUGUAUACGAGAUGCAGCGAUUAACUUAUUACAAACUUAUCCCUCAAACUGCCCAAGUAAAUUAUCUUAUUAAGCCCAGAUCUACGCUGCAGCUCUGUUUAUUUACUUCAUGAAAUGUUAAAGUAGCUCCACGCGCAGGAGUAGAGGCCGAUACUGAGAAUAAGUAUGCUUGCUAUAAAUGACAAACAUAGCUAACUUAUGCAAGACAGCCUGUUUCUGAGGCCUUCGCGAGUACGUAAUUGAUGUUGGGAGAGCAGAUUGAGGCUAUUAUGCGAGUCUGUGUCGUUGAGAAUCUCCAGGGAAGGUUUUGAGACGCCAUUCUUACCGCCAUGUCCAAAUUAUGGAUGCGAGCGCUCAUCGAUCGCGGACUGAUCGGGCUCAGCCAUGAACA